ACAGCAAUUCAUUCUAUAACGAACGGUCGACCAGUAAACACCACCUCGAAUCCAACGUGAAAUAUAUAUUUUUUUUCAAUAUAUUUACACAGAGCAAUAUAACAGAAACUCGAAGUGAAGAAAAAGCGCGCAGCACAAAACUUACAUCAAUUUUUGUUUAACGUUAUUGUUUGUCGUUAGAUUUUUGUUUGAUAAAUUGAUUUUGUGGAAUCGAGUGAUAUUUUCAUAUAUGUGCCAAGCACAUUAUAACUCCACGGAGCUUUUUGUGUGUUUUUGUUUGCUGUGUUUUAUAUCGCCGUGUAUGUGAAACAAAUAUUGGACUAACUUAUUUGUGAAUAUUGAUGGUGUUACUGUGACUGGUAAUUGAUAAAUCCAGUGUUGAUAAACAAAGCGAAAUUGGAUUAUUUAACCAUUUUUAACACUCGAAAUUGGAUAUUUAGUUGGUUACUGUUAACAAGGUUCUACCGAUUCAAACGAAGGAAUUAGUCGAAGCCACUAAAAUUGAUCAACAUUAAUACACAACAAAAUGGGCGUCGGUUUCAAGCAAAAUCAAUGGACACCUACACCGAGACGUGGACCUAUUGCGGCUGAAAUGAAAUCACCCGGACCGGCUUUGGUGGACUUACCGCCACUUUUAGGUUAUAAAAAAAUAGCCGAGUCGUCCAAACCAACAGCUGCCGCAUUCAGUUUUGGAAAACGUCAUACGCACAUAUCCCGUGAUGAUACUGUUGGCCCUGGUCCAGCAGAGUACGAUGUGUCUGGUCUCGGCUCUAAAGGAAAAGUUAUUCCUCGCGAAAUAACACUGGCCAGCAGACCACUACCACGAAAACAAUUUCAAACACCCGCUCCAGGCGAAUACAAUGUAGAUAAAUUAGAUAAAUCGAAACUUCAAUCGGGUGGAUGUAUACGAGGGUAUACGUUUGGACAUCCGAAUCCGUCGAUAAAGUCUAGUCACACGCCAGCUCCAGGUACAUACAGUCCGGAAAAAGUAGUUUUAAAUAAAUCGCCGAAAUUUUCGUUUGGUAUCAAAACUCAUAGGAAAAUUGUAAAUGAUAAUCCAGCACCUGGCACGUACAGUCCCGAGAGAUUAGUAGGUAAAUCGCCGAAAUAUACGUUUGGAUUGAAAACAAUUCAUGAGAAGCCCAAUGAAACACCAGGUCCAAGUGCUUACCACACUGAACGUGUUGUUGUGAAGAGUAAGCAGCCACCAGCUUAUAGUUUCGGCAUUAAGUCUAAUCCUGUAAAAUCAGUUGACACCCCCUCACCUAAUGCUUAUAGGCCUGAAAAGCCUAUGCAUACGCCUAGGUAUAGUUUUGGAGUUAAAUUAAAUCAUGAAAAAACCAGUGAUACGCCAGCGCCUGGUCAUUAUAAUGCCGAAAAAGUGCAAUUAGAUCAUACACCAGCUUAUAGUUUUGGUAUCAAAAUUAAUCACGAUAAACCGAGUAUGAACCCAGCACCCGGAGCAUAUGAGCCUGAGAAAGUACACUUAGACUCGAGUCCUUCGUACAGUUUUGGAACCAAAAACUAUAAUGUGGCUGAGAAUAAUUAUCCUGCGCCCGGAGCUUAUGAACCAGAAAAAGUAAAUCUUGAACAUUCACCGGCAUACAGUUUCGGCAUUAAGGCUAAUAUGGUGCAAUCGAAUGACACUCCAGCACCUUCUGCAUAUCAAAAUUCGAGUGUCGAAACAAAGAGCAGUCCUGCCUACUCGUUUGGAAUAAAGUCAGAUCUGACUAAGCCUAAUAUCAAUCCAGCACCAGGCGCAUAUUCUCCAGAGAAAUUCAGAUCAGACAACAACCCUUCGUACUCAUUCGGAAACAAAACUAAUCUUGAAAAACCUAGCGAGACACCCGCUCCAGGCGCAUACAGCCCAGAAAAAUGUAAUGGGGAACACACUCCUGCGUAUUCGUUCGGAAUUCGUGACAAUCAUGAAAAACCAAAUGGAGUUCCUGCACCUGGUGCAUAUUCUCCAGAAAAAUUCAGAUCAGACAACAACCCUUCCUACUCAUUCGGAAACAAAACUAAUUCUGAAAAACCUAGCGAGACACCCGCUCCAGGCGCAUACAGCCCAGAAAAAUGUAAUUCUGAUCACACUCCUGCCUAUUCGUUCGGAAUUCGUGACAAUCAUGAAAAACCAAAUGGAGUUCCUGCACCCGGAGCAUAUUCUCCAGAGAAGUUCAGAUCAGACAACAAUCCAUCGUUCACAUUUGGAAAUAAAACAAAUAUCGAAAAACCUAGCGAGACACCCGCUCCAGGCGCAUACAGCCCAGAAAAAUGUAAUACCGAUCACACUCCUGCCUAUUCGUUCGGAAUUCGUGACAAUCAUGAAAAACCAAAUGGAGUUCCUGCACCCGGAGCAUAUUCUCCAGAGAAAUUCAGAUCGGAUAUCAAUCCUGCGUUCUCAUUCGGAAAUAAAACAAAUAUCGAUAAACCAAGCGAGACACCCGCUCCAGGAGCAUACAGUCCGGAAAAAUGCAGUUUAGAACACACUCCUGCGUAUUCGUUUGGAAUUCGUGACAACCAUGAUAAACCAAAUGGCGUUCCCGCACCCGGUGCAUAUUCUCCAGAAAAGUUCAGAUCAGACAACAAUCCAUCGUUCACAUUUGGAAAUAAAACUAAUCUAGAAAAACCUAGCGAUAAUCCUGCUCCAUGCGCAUACAGCCCGGAAAAAUGCAAUUUAGAACACACUCCUGCGUAUUCGUUCGGAAUUCGUGACAAUAAUGAAAAACCAAAUGGAGUUCCAGCACCUGGAGCAUAUUCUCCAGAGAAAUUCAGAUCAGAUAAUAAUCCUUCCUACUCAUUCGGAAACAAAACUAAUCUUGAAAAACCUAGCGAUACACCCGCUCCAGGCGCAUACAGCCCAGAAAAAUUUAAUUCCGAUCACACUCCUGCCUAUUCGUUCGGAAUUCGUGACAAUCAUGAAAAACCAAAUGGAGUUCCUGCACCCGGAGCAUAUUCUCCAGAGAAAUUCAGAUCGGAUAUCAAUCCUGCGUUCUCAUUCGGAAAUAAAACAAAUCUCGAUAAACCAAGCGAGACACCCGCUCCAGGAGCAUACAGUCCGGAAAAAUGCAGUUUAGAACACACUCCUGCCUAUUCGUUUGGAAUUCGUGACAAUAAUGAAAAACCAAAUGGAGUUCCAGCACCCGGAGCAUAUUCUCCAGAGAAAUUCAGAUCAGACAACAAUCCUGCGUUCUCAUUCGGAAAUAAAACAAAUCUCGAUAAACCAAGCGAGACACCCGCUCCAGGAGCAUACAGCCCGGAAAAAUGCAAUUUAGAACAAACUCCUGCGUAUUCGUUUGGAAUUCGUGACAACCAUGAUAAACCAAAUGGAGUUCCCGCACCCGGUGCAUAUUCUCCAGAGAAGUUCAGAUCAGACAACAAUCCAUCGUUCACAUUUGGAAAUAAAACUAAUCUAGAAAAACCUAGCGAUAAUCCUGCUCCAUGCGCAUACAGCCCGGAAAAAUGCAAUUUAGAACACACUCCUGCGUAUUCGUUCGGAAUUCGUGACAAUAAUGAAAAACCAAAUGGAGGUCCUGCACCCGGUGCAUAUUCUCCAGAGAAAUUUAGAUCAGACAACAAUCCAUCGUUUACAUUCGGCAAUAAAACUAAUCUCGAAAAACCUAGCGAUAAUCCUGCUCCAUGCGCAUACAGUCCGGAAAAAUGCAAUUUAGAACACACUCCUGCGUAUUCGUUCGGAAUUCGUGACAAUAAUGAAAAACCAAAUGGAGUUCCUGCACCCGGUGCAUAUUCUCCAGAGAAAUUUAGAUCAGACAACAAUCCAUCGUUUACAUUCGGCAAUAAAACUAAUCUCGAAAAACCUAGCGAUAAUCCUGCUCCAUGCGCAUACAGUCCGGAAAAAUGCAAUUUAGAACACACUCCUGCCUAUUCGUUUGGAACUCGUGACAAUAAUGAAAAACCAAAUGGAGUUCCUGCACCCGGUGCUUAUUCUCCAGAGAAGUUCAGAUCUGACAACAAUCCAUCGUUCACAUUUGGAAACAAAACUAGUCUCGAAAAACCUAGCGAUAAUCCUGCUCCAUGUGCAUACAGUCCGGAAAAAUGCAAUUUAGAACACACUCCUGCCUAUUCGUUCGGAAUUCGUGACAAUAAUGAAAAACCAAACGGAGUUCCUGCGCCUGGUGCUUAUUCUCCAGAGAAGUUCAGAUCAGACAACAAUCCAUCGUUCACAUUUGGAAAUAAAACUAAUCUCGAAAAACCAAGCGAGACACCUGCUCCAUGCGCAUACACUCCGGAAAAAUGCAAUUUAGAACACACUCCUGCGUAUUCGUUCGGAAUUCGUGACAAUAAUGAAAAACCAAAUGGAGUUCCUGCACCCGGUGCAUAUUCUCCAGAGAAAUUUAGAUCAGACAACAAUCCAUCGUUUACAUUCGGCAAUAAAACUAAUCUCGAAAAACCAAGCGAGACACCCGCUCCAGGAGCAUACAGUCCGGAAAAAUGCAGUUUAGAACACACUCCUGCCUAUUCGUUUGGAACUCGUGACAAUAAUGAAAAACCAAAUGGAGUUCCAGCACCCGGAGCAUAUUCUCCAGAGAAGUUUAGAUCAGACAACAAUCCAUCGUUCACAUUUGGAAAUAAAACUAGUCUCGAAAAACCUAGCGAUAAUCCUGCUCCAUGUGCAUACAGUCCGGAAAAAUGCAAUUUAGAACACACUCCUGCCUAUUCGUUCGGAAUUCGUGACAAUAAUGAAAAACCAAACGGAGUUCCUGCGCCUGGUGCUUAUUCUCCAGAGAAGUUCAGAUCAGACAACAAUCCAUCGUUCACAUUUGGAAAUAAAACUAAUCUCGAAAAACCAAGCGAGACACCUGCUCCAUGCGCAUACAGCCCGGAAAAAUGCAAUUUAGAACACACUCCUGCCUAUUCCUUCGGAAUUCGUGACAAUCAUGAAAAACCAAAUGGAGUUCCUGCACCCGGAGCAUAUUCUCCAGAGAAAUUCAGAUCAGAUAACAAUCCUGCGUUCUCAUUCGGAAAUAAAACAAAUCUCGAUAAACCAAGCGAGACACCCGCUCCAGGAGCAUACAGUCCGGAAAAAUGCAGUUUAGAACACACUCCUGCCUAUUCGUUUGGAACUCGUGACAAUAAUGAAAAACCAAAUGGAGUUCCUGCACCCGGUGCAUAUUCUCCAGAGAAAUUCAGAUCAGACAACAAUCCCGCGUUCUCAUUCGGAAAUAAAACAAAUCUCGAUAAACCAAGCGAGACACCUGCUCCAUGCGCAUACAGCCCGGAAAAAUAUGUUUCAGAUACCUCGCCUGCAUUUACAUUUGGCUGUAAAUAUGAAGACCACUACCGCAGUAUUACUCCAGCUCCUUCAGCUUAUCGAGUUGAAGACGUAAACUUAGACCAUAUGCCAUCUUUUACAUUUGGGGGAAGACACUCCUUGGAAAAGCCAAAUAACAAUCCCGCUCCAUGUGCCUAUGAACCGGAAAAAGUAAAUCUCGAUCACACACCUUCUUACACAUUUGGUGCAAAAACGAAUCAUACGAAGACAAAUGAUACUCCGGCACCCGGUUCAUAUAUGCCAGAGAAAGUUAAUCUAGACCAUUCUCCCGCCUUCACAUUCGGCCAAAAAAUAAUUCAAAAGACAAUCAAUGACACACCAGCUCCGAAUGAAUACAAAAUACCGUCUGUAUUGGGAUGUAGCAAAGAGGGUAAAAUAAAGUCUGCACCAGCGUUCACAAUCAUCGGCCGAGCCAAACCAUCAAAAUCACUGUCAGCCAAUUUUCCCGGUCCAGGAAUGUACGAUGGCAAUUUUGAAUUACUCAUUAAAAAACCACCACAAUAUUCAAUGGGUGAUCGAGUAGGUAAAAGUAACAGUAAAUUUGGUCCGGGACCGGGAGCACACUCACCGGAAAAGAUUAACCUCUCGCACGUUCCUGCAUACAGUUUCGGCAUAAAACAUUCUCCAUAUUUGGGCCAAUUUCCUCAACUCAAUACGAUGAUGAUUCAAUGAAUUGGUCAAUGUGGUAUUGUUAUAAAAAACGCUUUGAACUAUAAAAUAACGCCUGUUAUAUACGAAAUUCUAAUAAAAUAAAGAGAAACAAAAGAAAUUA